UGCUUCUGCUUCUGCUCCUGCUCCUGCUCCUGCCCCUUCCUCCCAUUCCCUCCUUCGUUCCGUUGCUUGGGAGUGGUAUCAUGCCGAGCUGUAGAUCAGGGAACGCCCGAGGGGAAAACAAGUGGGGGGCGGGGCCGGGUAGAUCGGCGGCAAUCAUCGGCGGCCGACGAUUCCAAUUUGCACCCAACCUACCUACCUAGCCUAAGUGGAUCGGAAUACCGAGGACGAGAAGCUGCCGGGGGGGAAGCCUUCUUGCUUAUUGACAUGAUUAGUUGGACUCUAAGCCUCCGGCCGAACUCGGCCAUUGGCUCCUGUGCCAUAGCAGGAACAGUUGUCCUCUCGGUUGGGCUCAUCCUUCGGCCGUUGCUCGCACAUGGAAGCCGCAAGAAGCCGUGGAUCUCGUCUCCGCGAAGGAAUGUCCAACCACACGUGUCCGCGGAGGAAAUUGAGAGCCAUCCAUACCAUCCCGGUGUUCUUCCGGGGGCAAGGGAUGUCCAAACUCCAUACGGUGCCAUUCAUGUCUUCGAAUGGGGACCGGAGGAGGGAGAGAAGGUGCUCUUGAUGCACGGCAUCGGCACGCCCUGCGUCGCCUUGGCGGAUCUCGCGGGCCGGCUCGUCGAGAACGGAUACCGAGUCAUGGUAUUCGACCUGUUCGGACGCGGGUACUCUGACGCGCCAGUCGACGUGCCAUAUGACAUCCGACUCUACACAACCCAGGUCCUCCUCGUCCUCGCCUCCUCGAGCCUGGCCUGGACGGGAGACAACGGCUUCCACUUGGUUGGUUAUUCGCUUGGUGGCGGGCUGGCUGUCUCGUUCACGCAGUACUUUGCACACAUGGUGCGAUCCCUCACGCUGAUAGCGGGCGGAGGGCUCAUCCGCAGGGACCAUGUCGGCUGGGAGAGCAAGCUUCUCUACUCGGCGGGUCUAUUUCCAGAAUGGGCCCUCGAAUGCCUUGUCCGUCGGCGCAUCUCUCCGAAGCAAGCUGUCACCGAGGUCAAUCUAGCCAUCGAAGUAGCCCAGACAAAGCCGACGGCACGGCAAAGGAACAGCGAUGCCAACGGAGGGUCGUCGUUCGACAGCGCCCUCCUCUCCAAACGCCGGCCGGGCCACACCGUCGCCUCCGUCAUGGCCUGGCAGCUCGGCCACCACCGGGGCUUCAUCCCAGCGUUCAUGAGCACCAUCCGACACGCGCCCAUAUACGAGCAGCGCCGGGACUGGGCGGCCCUAGGGAAACUGCUUUCGGCGAGAAGGGCCAGGGCCGGGGGACUCCUGCCGGGGCUCCAGGGCGGCAAGGUGCUUCUGGUGCUCGGGGCGUCCGACACCGUCAUCAUCAAGGAGGAGCUUGUCCAUGACGCUGCAGAGGUGCUUGGGACAGACGGGUUCGAGGUUGCCGAGUUAGACUGCGGGCACGAGAUCGCAAUUGCGAAGGGCGAAGAAGUAGCUGACGAGGCUAUACGUUUCUGGCAGAAACAAGCUGAGAAGGUGGAAUUAGGUGGGAAAUGGAGCGAGAUUAGACCUGGAGAGUGAAAGGGCCAAGCACGUUGUAGACAUUGCAAGCAACAGGUGCCACGACACAACUGCGGGUUUGCCGUUUGGGGCCUCUACGAAUCAUGAAUAGAGACGUGCCGUUCGGC